UUCUGGACACUGAAACAAAUCCGCCAAACUAACAGCAGUGUGCACCUGAUCUCAGCAGCCUUCUCAACAAUGAUCCUGACCACAACUGUGAGGAUGGCCGGUGUGUUGUUCCUGGUGUGUGCAGGAUCUUUUCACUUUAUAUUUGCAUCCAAUCAUCUACGAAUUUUCCGUAUUCCUAAAACAAAGGACGUGUUUCGUGUUGCACUGCAAGCAUGUAAUCAGACGCAUGAAUCAUGUGUCACUCUGUACGAUGACGAGGACGCCAAAUUCAUACAUAAUUUAUUGCUGGCAGAGGGGCCAGAAGAAAGUGUUUGGCUUGGUCUGCGUAAGGAUCGAAAUACCACCUGGUCAGACGGUUCCCCUGUAAACUUCAGUAACUCAUCUGUGAAUGUAACAGACGAAGAGCAGAUGUGUGAAGCUAUUGACAACAACACAUGGACUGGCUCUAACUGUUCAGACAGAAAAUAUUUCAUGUGCUACAAGGGUAAUAAUUACACCCUGGUAAAAGAAAAUAGGACCUGGUGUCAGGCACUGCAGUACUGCAGAAAACACUUUGAUGACUUGGUCAGCAUCAGAAACGAAACAGAAAAUGACGACGUGAUAAGAAAGGGAGAGAGCACAAGCUUUUGGAUCGGACUCCUGCACGAUAACUGGGAGUGGGAGGAAGGAGGCUGCUCCUCAUACAGAGAAUGGACUAAUACAGAAAGUAGAGAUCCAGAGGAUCCAGAGGAAUGCACAGUUUCAUCUCCAGAUAAUCCAAAAUUAUUGCACAAAUAUCAUUGUUCCAGUAAUACAGCAUAUUCCUUCUGCUCUAAAGGUAACAUGAGAAUCAGAGUGGUUGAUAAAAAUCUAACAUGGGAAGAGGCCUUUAACUACUGCAAGGCCAAUCACUCAGGCCCGCUGUGGAUUGAGGAUGCGGAAGAUCAGCAGGCUGUCCAAAAAUGGCUAAAUUACACUUACAAUGCCAGCAACGAUAGUCUGCUCUGGAUUGGUCUGAGGCAGAGUCGUGUCUUUGGAUUCUGGAUUUGGAGUGACAGGACAGUGUCCUAUAGCAACUGGAAGAAUGACACACAGCCUCAGGUGUCCGUGUUUGACCGCUGUGGUGCCAUCAGCGGGACAGACUACAUGUGGAGGAAUGCAGACUGUUCACUCCAGCUACCUUUUCUUUGUGAGGAGGAGAUUGUAUUCAUGGACAAGUCACGUAACCACUCAUAUUUUCCAUGACUGUGCUCUGACUCUAAAUAGAUGUCUUUCUCGAAUUCAGUGGGUUCCAAAAAUUUGACAUUUCUAAACAUCAAUCUUUAACGUCAUGUUUGAACAUGACGUUAAAGAUUGAUACUUUUUAUUUGCAAGUGUUUCUAUACUGUAAUCAUCAUAUACAAUAAGAAGUAAUCAUGUUUGUAGUUCAUUAAAAAAUAGAUAUUGAUGACUUACAAAUCAUGAUGCUUUGUUAAUUCUUUUUUUUUGUGGUGACAUGUUUUGUAAUGAGUGACUUUAUUUCUCUUCUUGAUUUUUUUGGAGUAACUCACUGAGUCUUUAACAUAAGUCCAAUCAAUAUUUCAGAUCAGUAAAGGCUUGUUUAUCUGUAUGAGACUCCAAUUGGACCCUUGUUCCACAAGUAAUCAUGUAGAAACCUAUUUGUGUACAUAUGCAUUGUUUUUAUAUUCAUAACUACAUAUUUUUUACCCAAGAAGAUUUGCUUUUACAGCCUUUAGGUUAUAAAUGUGCUGUGAUGCAGUGUGGGACAACAUACAGAAGAUCCACGGAAGAUUGUAGGAGAAAUGUUUGCUGUGUGCAUUGACUUUCUUUUUUCUUUUUUCAUUUGUUUGUGUGCAAUAAAGGGCAAUUAAUUUCAAAUCCAA